UUGAAAAAAAAAAAAAAAAGUUUUAUGGGCGGAUGGAAGGGGCCGGGGCAGCACCGGGGAAGGGUAGGGCCGGAGAAGCGGCGACGGGCGGCAGAGAGGGGUGGCGGUGGCGGGAAUCCCGCGCCGCUGAGCCCGGCCCGAGAGCCCUUUCUACCUUCCUGCCUCCUGCUCCCGCUGCCCCGGGGCGCCGCCAUGACGCCCGAUCUGCUCAACUUCAAGAAGGGAUGGAUGUCGAUCUUGGACGAGCCUGGAGAGUGGAAGAAGCAUUGGUUUGUGCUGACCGAUUCAAGCCUCAAGUACUACAGGGACUCCACUGCUGAGGAGGCAGAUGAGCUGGAUGGCGAGAUCGACCUGCGCUGCUGCACGGAUGUCACCGAGUAUGCAGUGCAGCGCAACUAUGGCUUCCAGAUCCACACCAAGGAUGCUGUCUAUACCUUGUCGGCCAUGACUUCGGGCAUUCGGAGGAACUGGAUUGAGGCUCUGAGAAAGACUGUGCGUCCCACCUCAGCCCCAGAUGUCACCAAGCUCUCAGACUGCAAUAAGGAGAACACACUGCACAGCUACAGCACCCAGAAGGGCUCCCUGAAGGUUGGGGAGCAGCGCAUGGGCUCCGAGGUCAUCGGCCGGAGUGGCCUGCGGAAAGCAGAUGGACAGCGGCCGUCCCUGGACUACGUGGAGCUCUCCCCACUGACUCAGGGCUCCCCUCAGAGGGCCCGCACCCCGGCUCGCACUCUCGACCGCCCGGCCAAGCAAGAAGAGCUGGAGCGGGACCUGGCCCAGCGCUCUGAGGAGCGACGCAAGUGGUUUGAGUCUGUGGAUAGCAAGGCCACGGAGACACCGGCUGGUGAGGGACCGCGCCGGGGCCUGGGCGCCCCCCUGACCGAGGACCAGCAGAGUCGGCUCAGUGAGGAGAUUGAGAAGAAGUGGCAGGAGCUGGAGAAGCUGCCCCUGCGGGAGAACAAACGGGUACCUCUCACUGCCUUGCUCAACCAAAGCCGUGGGGAGCGCCGCGGGCCCCCAAGUGACAGCCACGAGGCACUGGAAAAGGAGGUCCAGUCUCUUCGUGCCCAGCUGGAGGUAUGGCGUCUUCAAGGGGAGGCUCCUCAGGGUGCACCCAGGUCCCAGGAGGAUGGUCACAUCCCCCCAGGCUACAUCUCACAGGAGGCGUGCGAGCGCAGCCUGGCAGAGAUGGAGUCCUCACACCAGCAGGUGAUGGAGGAGCUGCAGCGCCACCAUGAGCGGGAGCUGCAGAGGCUGCAACAGGAGAAGGAGUGGCUCCUGGCGGAGGAGACAGCAGCCACAGCCUCAGCCAUUGAAGCCAUGAAGAAGGCCUACCAGGAGGAGCUGAGCCGGGAGCUGAGCAAAACACGGAGUCUUCAGCAGGGCCCAGACGGCCUCCGGAAGCAGCAUCAGUCAGACAUGGAGGCGCUGAAGCGGGAGCUGCAGGUGCUGUCGGAGCAGUACUCACAGAAGUGCCUGGAGAUCGGGGCCCUGACGCGGCAGGCCGAGGAGCGGGAGCACACGCUGCGGCGCUGCCAGCAAGAGGGCCAGGAGCUGCUGCGCCACAACCAGGAGCUGCAUACCCGCCUGUCCGAGGAGAUUGACCGGCUGCGCGGCUUCAUCGCCUCGCAGGGCACGGGCAAUGGCUGUGGGCGCAGUGAACGGAGCUCCUGUGAGCUGGAGGUGCUGCUGCGCGUGAAGGAGAACGAGCUCCAGUACCUGAAGAAGGAGGUGCAGUGCCUCCGGGACGAGCUCCAGAGGAUGCAGAAGGAUAAGCGCUUCACCUCGGGGAAGUACCAGGACGUGUAUGUGGAGCUGAACCACAUCAAGACGCGGUCAGAGCGGGAGAUCGAGCAGCUGAAGGAGCACCUGCGCCUCGCCAUGGCCGCCCUGCAGGAGAAGGAGGCGACGCGCAACAGCGUGGCCGAGUAGAGGUCCCUAUGGUCCAGCCCCGCAGCAGACCCCCAGCCCAAGGGGACCAGUUGUCCUCCUUCCCUGCCGGAUGGAAGUCAGAAGCCAAGCUUUCUCCCACCCUCUGUGGGCCACACGUGCACUCACACCCACCACACACAUGCACACACAUGCACAGGUGCACACACACCACACACAGGCACACACACAUCACACACACAGGUGCACACACAUCACACACAGGUGCACACACACGUAGGUGCACACACAUACUCUGCGUAUCUGAGCGCGCCCCUCGCACUGUGUCUUACCUUGCACCUUCAGGAUUUUAUAUGUGAAGAGAUUUUUAUAUAGACUUUUUCCUUUUUUUUCUCCCAAAACACUUUGUACUUUUUAAAAAGCAGUUCCUGAUAGCUGCGUGCUUCCGACUCUGGCUCUCCCUCUGUCUCCGGCCUCCCGCUUGGGCUUCUGGGCCCCCAUGGCCCUGUCCCCGGGUCUGGCAGCGGCCAUGGCAGAGUUGACUGAUCAGGGAGGCAAAGAGCCAGCUACCCUCCUCCGACCCUACCCCCUACUAACUACUUCCUGCCCUGAGAGUACCCGCACCCUGGGACUCUGGAUGGAAGGACAGAUGGACAGAGGGAGCCAGCUGCUGUCCCCACGGCCCCGCCUCCUCUGAAGGGUGCUGGGCAUGGAACCGCCGGAGCCGCCCCAUGAAGACGUUUCUCUCCUAAAGAAUCCAUCAGCCUUCGUAACUUAAUAAAAUGUUCCAGCAGCUCUGGCGUCCUGGGUGGCUGGGGCAGGGCGGGUUAGAGAGGUUGGGCUUUCUUAGCCCCCUGCCCUCUAGCACUCCACCCUUCCUGGAGGAUGGCAUGUGGGCUCCUGAGGGCGGAGCUGAGAAUCUAGUUCCCCACCAGGCUCCACGUGGGGUUUGCAGACCAGCAGCACUACGUCGCCAUCAGGGAACUCCUUAGAAACACCAAGGCCAGGCCCCACCCGACCUACCGACUCAGAGUCCACACUUGCACAUGGCCCCCCAGUGGUUCACGUGCACCUCGAAGUCUGAGCAGCCCUGGAGCAGGUGCUGGGCCCAAGCCUCAGAGAGAACUGGAGCUGAGACUGCCCCUGACUGACCUCGUCAAACCACGUCCAUUCUGAGUCUUGAUUGCUUCUCCAUCAAAUGGGUGCCUUUUAGCCUCACUCUGAUAUUCAGGCUGUGCCCAGAAGUCAUGUCCUGUCCUGGGCAGGGUUGGGUUUGGGGCACUGGAUGUGAGGGGCUUCAUCUGGCCAGCUGGCUGUGCUGAUCAUGGUGGGGCUGGGAAGAGGCCCCGUCCUGCAGGCCUAGCCCGUGUCCGAUCUGCAGGGCUGUGGCUACGAUGAUGAAGAUGAGACGACAGCUUGAGCUGGCCUCACCUGCACGGCUGUUCCCAUCAAACUCAGCCACAUGGGUGCAUAGAGGUGAAGUGAACAGGAACUGGCCCUGUCCCCACCAAGGCCACCGAAAUAGACCACAUCAGGUUGGGUCCCAGAAAGCUGUGGGAACCCAGAGGAGACCUCAACCCAGCCUGCAGGUCAAAGAGAGCUUUUGGGGGUGGCUUUGAAAUAUGACUCUUCCGGAUGGAAAAAUCAGGAAGGGCGUUCCAAGCGAGGGAACAGCACAAGCAAAUGCCCCGUGAAGAUCCCUGCUGUGUUCAGAGAAAGACCCACCCGGGAGCAGGCAUGUGGGGUGUGGGACAAUGGACCCCAUUCCGUUGCCAGUGGGCAUAUGGCGCAUUUCCAGCCACUGAGAUGCCAGGGGAAGUCGGGUGGGGGCGGAGGGCUAGAGGAGGUCAUCUGGGAAAGUCUUCCUUGCUAUUAAAAAGGGUCACAAGGAAGGGUGGCUUCUCUCUCCUGGCCUUCGGACAAUGUUGGUGAAGUCCCCAGGUUGCCACUGGCUUGCUUUAUCAAUAUGCUACAGAUGGCUGAGAAGGAAGAACCAGGACCCUUGAGUCAUCAGAUCACCAGGCUUGGUGCUGCCCUCCUCAGGACUUCUCGUCUCGUAAGAUAAGGAGCACCCUUGAGGCACUCGGAGACGGAAUGUCUGCCCCUGGCGGCCCAGACAGUUGAGUCCAGAGCCCUGCCUGUCAUCACCGUUGCCUCCCACCAGCGCUCCUGGGUUCACAGUAGCUGGAGGGAGCACAUACUUCAAGAAGCAAAUGGCCAACAGGCGUGGAAGAAAAGGAGUCUGCUGAGUUUCCUUGGGCCACAGGGUGGGAGUUGGGGAGGACAGAGAAGUCUUAUCAUUUCCUUGUCACCAAUGGGUCAGAUUUGAUUCCUCCCUUUUCUAAGGCCUGGAGCUCCAGCCCCACCCCAUCCAGGGGCUCCAGGACCACCCAAGCCUCUCAGCCCUAGGGACUUGCAGCGCCUCUGGGUAGAUAGGGGACAAAGUCACCCCACAACAUCGCCACCUCAAAGCACUAAUAGUGUAGACUCCAUCCUCCCACCUACAUCCUUCCCUCUCUUCAAUGCCUUGUUUACACCCCUGCCCCUGCUCCAAUGCUGGAUGCACCUCCCUCACCCCGCACAGAUGCUGUGGGGGUCAGACGAGGAAGGAGUAAGCUCAGGGCCAGGGGCAGACAGCUCUCCAUCUGCAUCCUUGCUCCCAGCUCUGCAAACUUGGUCUAGUUAUAUAGCUUUUCUGUGCCUGGUUUCCUCCUCUGUAAAAUGGUGAUAGUAGUGCAUACCUUGCAGAAGUGUUGGAAGAUCAGAAAUGAGCUAAUACAUGUCAAUUGCUGAGAAGAAUGCCCGGAACCUAGUAAAUACAGUACAAGUGUUGCC